GGUUCGCCGCCACACUAAUCCGCUUGGGGGCGCGGGUGUACUAUCGGUUAUUGUGGCGCUGAUCUUGUACUGGUUCAUUAUGGCCUAUGCGCUGCGCCAACGUUGCGCCAGUCACCGUGCAGAACUCAGCGGAAUCGAGAGCGGAAACCAAGCUCGGUUACUACUGACGCGAUAUGGCUGCAACUUACGAAGCGCUCACAGUUCAGAAGUUAAAGCAGGAGCUGAUCAGAAGACAGGCAGCAACCACUGGCAGAAAGACUGAUCUUGUCGAAAGACUGAAGGCAUAUGAUCGGAAUGAUGAUUUCCGUGGCACUGUCAUCCAUCUUCCUGAGCCACUUGAUGCAAGGUGGCCAUCAUCAGGAUUUAGGCAGCUUCUCCCUAAGCAUCAAAGCAUCCUACCUCCAAUCUCCAAGGAGCUGACAGAGGGAUACUUUUUUUUUUUCGCAUGGCUGAAGAUAAUCAGGCUGUCAGUGACUUAA